UUUCCAUCUUUAUCAUUAUCAACCCAGCGCGCCUUCCCGGGACUCUGUUUAUCGUUAGUGUAAAAAGGUGUUAAAACGUCUAAAGCACGAACUAAUUCGAAAAAAUGAAUGAUUUUAAAUACAUAAACGAUAAAGUGACCAUACUAACAACUGCUAGUUCAAUCAAUAAAGCAAUUAAAACACUUACUGAAAAUAAAACGAAAAAAAGCGGUACAAAUGAUAGUGACUGUUCCGCAAACGAGAUUGAAUUACUAAAAUGUUUAUGUAAAUCAGACAAUCCACAAACAACACAAAUUGCAGUACAGGCAUUUCUUCAACUAGUGCGCUCGGGUUGUUUAGAUUUAGGACAAGUUUUAGCUAUUUUGAUAACAGCACUAACCGGUUCGAGUUCAGCCCAUUUUAUAGCUUUCAGUAAUGGAAUAUUCGAGCUACUUCUGUUGGAUCUACGACGAAGGUGUGCUACCCUUGGAGAAGAAAAAUAUGUCUCUCAUUUCGAUAUUAGAACACCCCAACAUCCAUUGAUUUUACUUCUUGAUAAUCGAGAGGUAGCAAACAUGCUGUAUUUUGGUACAAAGAUAAAGGAAAUAUGUCAACACCAUGAUCAGUUAGUUCGCAAAAAUAGUAUCGAAUUUUUGAGACCCGUUCUUCUGUAUAUAUUCUGUGUUGAAAUAAGUUUUCCAGAAAGCCUAAAAAUAUGGCGUGGCUUACUUAGAUAUGCAAUCAAUGACGACGCAGCACUUCAAUUGAUUUAUGAAAUUCUACUCUGGAACAAAACUUCCACUAAAGAAAAGGUUGUUUUUACUAACAAUUUACUUUUGGAAGCAAUAGAUGUUAUUCCCAAUGACAAAAAGUUCAAUUCCUUUCGUGGCGAUCUUUGCUUAUAUCUGGCAUGCGUGUCCAAAGAGUUAAUUGAUUUUAAUUUUGAUCCAUCGGAAAAUUUUCUUCAGAUUUUAUCCAUUCUACAUACUUUGAAAGACGACAAACAUGUAGACUACAGUGUACUGCUAAUGAUUUUGGCGGAUCUGUUGCAGUCAUUGUCUCCUGCUUAUAUUCUUUGUUUGAUGCGAGUGAUUCGAUUUUUACUAGAUCAUGGAUGCAAUCGUCUAAGCCAACUGAUGUUAAUGGAUGGAGCUGUACAACUUUUGGGACAGCAAUCCUUCAUCGAUAGUUAUUUGGGUCAUUGUGAUUUUUUUCUACAAACUGUUCUAAACGGUACCCACAAAGCUAGCAGUGAAACAAUUUAUUCAAAUUCUUCGAAAAUAUAUUUUCACCAGGAUUUGGCUAAAUAUCAACAGUUUAAACGGUGGUGGUUACUUGUAGAAAGGGGUGAAGUUACUAUCCAUUCGUUUUUUAAGUGUGCAACUAUCAACCAAAAGUUUUUGGAAAAUAAUAAUCUAAUUGGACGAGCAUUUUUCUAUGUAAAUGACUUUUCGUUUGAAAACUGGAACACUAUCUUCGAACAAAUAUUGACAAUUUCCAAGCUGAAUGAAAAAAAUGAAUCGAAUAUUCGUAUGCCAUUGCUCUUCAUGUUAGCAAACGACACAAAUCCACAAAAACGAUUAUUUUUACUGCAAAGCUUGGCGUCGAUGGGAGCCAAAGAUCACGUACUUGGAGUUUUGAAAGCACUUGCAAAUGAUGUUGACCGAGCAACUUGUUUAGACCUAUAUCUUCGGCUGUGGAAAGCCGAACCGAGAACGUACCCUUUUCUAUACGAAAUUCUCAAAGACACAAGUCGACGGCCUAAGGAGGAUCCAUGGGAAGCAACGUUAGCAAGAACCUACACCGUUAGAGAAAUCUGCUUGAUCAAGCCUCAACAGCAUGGUGCCGACCUGGUCAAUUUAUUCUCUGAAAUUCUUGGUAAUCCCGAGGACACAAACAAUGAGGCAGCUGUAGCAUUAGCGCUCGACGCUAUCGCUAGUCUUUGCGAGAGCCACGUCGUCAAUAUUGUGUCAACCUGGAAGGUACUCGGAUUCAAAUUCACUCAUGAAAAAAGACCUCGCAUAAUUCGCAGUUUAUGUAAAUUUUUCGCAAAUGUGCCUUCGAUUCAAAUAAAUUCCAUCGAACAGGAGAAACUAGUUAAUGAAAUUGUUUUGAAAUUGUGGAAUUUCGUCACCGAUUUCGACGAUCGUGCAGUAAUUGUCGCUGCGCUUGAUGCGCUGAAGUGUUUCCCCCCAGAAAGUAUGAAUAUCUUUCAAAUUCCUGAAGUAUUUCGACAAGGAAUCAUUCUUCCCAGUGACGAUGAUUUCACGAUCGAUGCGAGACAGAUCCCAGGAGAUUGUUGGGUUCGCUUAGUGCAAUACAUCAACCACAGUGCUAUUGAAGAAGCUGGAGACCUAGUUGCACAUUAUAUUACUAUUGAGAUGCAGUCUUAUCGAGGUGGAAUAUAUUUGACUCCUCCUGGACGACCUGAACCUCCCAAUUUACGGUAUUUACCAAACAAGAGUAUCCUAGCCGCUGUGGUUCAUUGUUUAAUCAGUCGAAAAAUAAAGCAGCAUUCUAACAGCGAUGGAUUAUUUCUGUACAAUUUACUCCGAAUAUUGGCCAAAAAACUUCCGAAACCAAUACCUCCCCUGGAUUGGUGUUUUCUGCACGAAUAUAUCCACAAUUGUUUUGAGAUGAAGAAAUGCUGCUUGCAAAUUGCAAUCAAACAAAUGCCUCACUCAGGAACCGCCAAACGAUUAAUAGAAAACUAUAUGAAUGAAAUGAUUGAAACGGAUCUGGCACCUGAAGUUGUAUUAGUGUUUUUCGAAUCGCUGGAUAUUGUCACAGAAUCCGUUCAAACGGAUAUCUACAAACGGUUUAUCCAUUUGGGAUUGCAAUUUUUACUGGAGUGUUCGGAAAACAACGAACUCAAUGGUCAUGAUCCCUUUGAAAAAGUUACUAUAUACCUAAAACGGAUCUUUAGUAAGUCAUACCAAAAUGAAGAAAACUUUGAAUACCUUUGCGAAACAAUAGAAAAUAUGUUCAGUCGUUUUACUGUUGAUAGUGAGCCUUUCCGAAAAUAUAUCGAAGUAUUCAGCCUUCUACCACCGAAAAACGUAUGCUCUUUGCUUAAACCUAGCACCUGGAACGACAAACGAAACAUACUCAAAUUGGAAAAAGUAAUACAAUUACAGUUUUCCAUUCAUAAAUAUAACAAAUCCGUUCCCGACAUGCAUCUGAUAGGUCUCAGUGACAUAUUAAAAACAGUUUCCACAGGAAAUGAAAAACUGCAGAGAUUUUUUUUGCAUUCGUUUUUGAUUUUUGUUACAUCACUACAAAAUACCAAACCUUUGAACGACUGGAUAGUCGAAUUAAUAGGUCACAUCCAGACCAAGCUGGCCGAAAAACAGCAGGAAUCAAUGGAAGUGGUUUUAUUCAUGACGGAUGUGUUCAUGUUGGCUAUUAUAGGAUUGUCCGGAUAUUCUUCUUUGUGCGCUCGCGAUAUGAUAAUCAAUGAACUAGAUGAAAGAUUAUUGUUGUUUCCACUGAGCUUGAUAACGUUAUUUCAACAGAAUUUAUUGCGAAAUAUUGAAAAUAAGAUUUACGAGUUCCUACAGCACCUGUACAAUCAUCCAAGUGUUCCAGAAAGCUACACAGAAAGUUUUCGAAAUACAUUUAUUUGUUGUAAAGAACAGCCCUAUUUUCAACAAUCUAAAAAAUGGUCAAAAUGCAUCUCACUUCGGAGGAUGCCGUAAUACAAUCGUAAUUAGGUAGCAAAAAGUUAUGAAUAAUAAAAAAUCGAACACUAUCAAUGAAUAAACUUCUGUUAA